AUGGAUUCCUGCGGAGACACUCCCUCGUCCUCAACAAAUUAUGGGUGUUACGAUGUAUUCAUCAAUCACCAUGGAGAUGACAUGAAGAAAAUACUGGCUAGUCUCCUUUAUAAUCGCCUCACACAAGACGGCUCUAUGCGAGUUUUUCUGGAUAGAGAUGAAAUGGAACGAGGCUUUGAACUAAUGGGACAAAUUGAAAGUGCAAUAGCCACAGCUUCCGUCCACAUCGCCAUCUUAUCCAGGAAUUAUGCAAAAUCUAGAUGGUGUUUGGAGGAGCUUUGCCUCAUGUUGGAUUCUGGAGCGCCCAUAAUUCCAGUGUUUUAUAAUGUGAAGCCUUGUCAUCUGCGAUGGAUGGACAAAAAAGGACGCUAUGCGAAAGCCUUGAAAAUGCACGAGAGAAAGAAUAGAUAUGACUCCAUAACUAUCAGAAAAUGGAAAACGGCUCUUCAUCGAGUUUCAACUCUCAGCGGCUACGAGCUCGACGCCUGCAACGGAGACCUUGGAGAGCUGCUGGAAAAAAUUGUGCAACAAGUGUCUCGGAAAGUCGAGAAGUCGCCGUUGCACGUAGCUGAAAAUCCAGUUGGACUUGAAGACGCAGUGCAAGAUUUUGAGCAGAAAGUGUUAUCAGAGCAACCGGAGCGACAAGCUCAUCGUGUCAAAGUUGUGGGCUUAGUUGGUUGUGGCGGAGUGGGGAAGACUACACUUGCUACGGAGCUCUUCAACCGCAAACGUUCCUGCUACAGCGGAGCGAGUUUUCUCGAUAUGAGAGAAGCCACCUCAAAUGUGUUGCAAGCUCGACUUGUCAAGGAUUUAAAUCAUGUCGACCUCAAUGAAGGCAAGAAGAUUCUCCGUAAUUGUCUUUCCUCAACACAUGCUCUUAUAGUCCUAGAUAAUGUUGAUAACAGGGAUCAACUUGAUGCAUUUUUGUCACUGAGAGAUGUGCUCAGAUAUGACAGUUUAAUUUUAAUAACAUCUCGUAACAGAGACCAUCUUUCAAGCUCCGGAGUCUCCCUGAUUUAUGAUGUCCGUGGUCUCAGUAGGAAACACUCGGAAGAGCUAUUCUGCUUCCAUGCUUUCCGCAAGUGCAGCCCGCCACCUGCACAUAAGCGCCUGGUUGAAGAGUAUCUAAAUGUCUGCAACGGAUUGCCGCUCUCGUUGAAGGUUAUUGGUGCCCUGCUGUAUAGAAAAGACUUGCCCUUUUGGAUUUGUCAAUUAGAUAAGCUUUCCAAAAUACUUCCCUCUGAAAUAAUGGAGAGGCUGAAGAUAAGCUUCGACUCUCUGGACAGGCACCAGAAACAAAUUUUUCUCGACAUUGCCUGUUUCUUUGUAGGGGAAGACCAAGACUUGGCAAUUAGGGUUUGGGAUGGAUCAAACUGGAAUGGUAUGCAGGGAAUCCAAACCCUAAAGGAUAAAUGCCUCGUAGAAGUAGAUGACAAAAAAAUAAUCAAAAUGCAUGAUAAUCUUCGUGACAUGGGAAGACAAAUUGCAGAAGAGGAUUCUUCAAAGUACCCAUGUCGCCUCUGGAAAUCCUACGAUAUUUCCGUUUUGCAAGAACUACUCUCACGAAAGGAGGAGGUUCGUGGAAUGAGAUAUUUUGCAAGCUCACAGCCUUCCAGAUUAGCACGGCUUGGGAUUUGUAUAUCGCCAUAUAUGCACAGGUGCAGCUACCAGGAAAAUGAUAGAGUAUUUGAUGCUGUGAACAAUCUAAAGCUUCUCAUAACACAGGGCGAUGACGUGAGAAAUAUAUUCAGCAGAGUUUCACGUGGUUUGAUCUGGCUUCGCUGGAGCAAUUGUCCAUACUCUCGGAUUCCUUGGUGGAUUUCACUCAAGCGUUUAAGGGUAUUGGAGCUCACUUCUCAAUUGAAGUUUACAGCAUUGUGGGGCAGCGGAGUUCAGGUGCCUGUGGAAUUGAGAGAGCUGAGCAUUAAUGGCAUCCUUUCCGACUUCCCAGAAUCAAUAGGACAGUUGAGGUAUCUAGAAAAGCUGGUGUUGAGGAGAAAGCCUGAUAACAAAGACCAGAUAUUCUGUUCCACGAUGAAGGCCCUGCCAGGGUCAUUUUGCAAUUUGCAGUCACUCAAACAUCUGGAGUUAAUAGGAUGCGAAAAAAUGAAGUUCCUUCCUCACGAACUAGGGAAUUUAACCAAUCUGGAACAUAUCAAUCUUUCUUACUGCAAGAAUUUGAAGGAGCUCCCUGAAACCUUUAACAAUCUUGGCAACCUUAAAUAUCUGUGUUUGAAAGAUUGCGCCGAACUGAUUAUAUCUAGCAAUGUUCUAGAAAAUAGUUUUAAACUGGAGUACCUAAACCUUAAAAGCUGUAAGAAAGUAGAAGCCCUGCCUAUCAACGUCGACCAUCAGCAGCUUCUAAGAGCCCUAAAUGUGGAAGGAACGAGCUUGAAAGAGUUGCCAGAUAAAAUUGAGGAGCUAUGUUUUUUGAAAGAUCUCAAGCUAGGCAGCCCUUUCCUCAAAGAGUUGCCUCAAUCAGUCGGAAGGUUGACGAGCUUAGAAAGACUCAAGAUAUCGGAAUCAAAAGCAGUCUCUUUGCCAGGAGUGGGAGAAAUGCAGAGUCUUGGCUCUCUCGUUGUAAGAGACUCUCCACUAAGAAAUGUUUCUGAACAGAUAGAGCUGGGUGCUUCAUUUUCACAACCCAUGUUUCUGCUUAAACGAAUAAGCCUCCAUGGGACAAAAAUAUCCACAAUAAGCAUUUCGGAGAAACUUUGUCCCAAUCUUGAAAAUCUUGACCUUUCAAGCUGCCAUAAUCUAGCAUCUGUCAAGGAGUUACCAAGAACACUGGUAAAGCUAGAUUUGAGCGAUUGCAGGGCAGUGCAGAUGGUCUCUGGGCUCUAUCAAUGUGUUCACCUAAGAGUACUGGACAUUGGAGGGUGUGAGCAAUUGAAGGACUUGCCCAGUCUUGAAUCGAUGAGCUCACUGGAAAAGCUAUGUGCCAAACACUGCUACGACUUGAAAAGGUUGAAAGGACUUCAGAAGCUUCCAAACCUCCGAGAAGUAGAUGUGAGCAUGUGCCGUGAGCUAAAAUGGUUGGCAAGGGAAGAAAGUUCGGGUUCUCUGGAGAAUGUUUUAGGGUUAGCAGGUGAUGGACGUAUGAAAUCCCUAGAAAAGUUUUACGCAGCGGGUUGUUGGCAACUACAGAGCAUUGAAGGACUCCGAGAGAUGGAACGGCUAAAAGAGGUUCAAAUUUCUGUCAACAAAACACAAACAUGGAAUGAAGUUAAGGGCUUAAAGAAUAAAUUGCGGCAGCUGAUAUUAUGUGCAAGGCUGGGAGACCAGAAUGAUGUAGCCGUAGUGGAGUCUAUCAUAAAAUCCUUUGAAAAUUCCUUAAACAUUAUUAGGGCAAGACAUGAGUCUUCAUGGAGCUGGACUUUGCCGCACAGUACCAACAGUUCAACAGGUUUAGGAGGCAGUGGUGGGUGUCCUUCAAGGAUGAGAUUGAAAAUGUCUCACAGUUCAGUGAUGAUAUGCUUUGUCAAUGAGGACCUUACGUUGUAUAUGGGGUUUCUCCAGGAAUUGAAAGGUGAUGUUGAGCUCAAGUGCACCAAUUGUAGCGUGCAAUGCUAUGUAGGUCACAUUGAGAGUGACUCGCUUCUGCUUGAGAUUCCUGUCACACCUCGCUCUCAUCAAAUUUCAAUAAUUAAUGCAUGGAUGAUUGCGCAUCAGAUUAAGUGUUUACAAAGGGAUAAUGGUGGAGAAUUUUUUUCACUAGAAUUUGAUACUUUUUGUGCUGAUAAGAGUAUUAGAAGGAUUAAGAUUGUUCCUUUCACUCCUCAAGAAAAUGUUGUAGCAGAGAGGAUGAAUAGGACAAUACUUGAAAGGGAUCAGUGUAUGCUAUCUAAUGCAGAUUUAGGUAAAGAGUUUUGGGUAGAGGCUUGCAACACAGUAGUGUAUUUGAUCAAUCAAAGCCCUUCAUCUCAGUUGGAUUUCAGUAUUCCAAAAGAGGAAUGGCUAGGUAAGAGAAUUUUCUACUCACAUAUUUGGGUUUUUGGAUGUGAAGCCUUCAUGCAUGUUCCUAAACAGAAAAGGUCUAAGUUGGAUCCCAAAUCGCAGGAGUGCAUAUUUGUUGGGUAUGAUGAAGAACAAUUUGGUUUCUGGUUGUGGGAUCCAGGCAAUAAGAAACUUACUCACAGUAGAGAUGUUAUUUUCAAUGAAAAUUUUUUUCUAGUGCUGCAAAUUAAAAAUAAAUCCGACACAGAGUAUGUUCCUCUGUCUUUUUUUGAAAAUUUUUCCUCAUCAGUUCAUAAUAUUGGUGUUUUACACCAAUCUUCCCAUCAAGUGGGAGCUCCGACGAUUAUUAAUAUGCCAUCUGUUACAUCUAGUUCAAGUUUACAGUCCUCUGGGAACACUCAGAGUGGUGUAGAAUUUGAGAAGCCCAAUAAUGACCUCUCACGGAUCUCCCCAGAGCCAUCAUGUCUUGAAACAAGCCUACCAUGGCUUAUUACAAAGUCAGCAUGA